UAUAAACAUGAUCUUGUGCAGUUUGUUUACAGGGAUUAUCAAACAAUAACCAUAAUUCAUGAACUCGUGAUUAUGGAUAAAUGUGAAAUACUUAACUGUGUUGUACAAUGCUCAAUUUAUGUUUGAUAAAAUGCCUCAAAGAAGUUCCUUCAGAUUGGAAGAUGUUUUAGGAUUUUAAAGAGCUAGUAUUUUGAGACUGUUGAUGGAGUGUGCUUGUGAUGUGUAAUAAAAGUCAGAUCUCGCAAUUUAUACAAGUAGGAUGAAUUGAAGCAAGGUGGUGAGGCUAUCAAUUGCACAAGUGCUUACUGUGAUUUGAAGGAGAAAAAGACCUCACUUAGAUAUUUGGUUGGAUGCUGUUGUAGGUGCCUUUGAAUGUGAAAGGAUAGAUCUUUCCAUGAAAUAGCUAAAUCAAAGACUAGUACCAAUUGCAGAUUGACGACGGAAAGGAAAGCGCUACCGGGUUGAUCUUACCAUGGUCUUAUCCUAUUAAGGGCUCCUCUUAAUUUAUUUUUCGGAGAACCACCAAUGAGUGAGUUGUCUUAAGAACCCUAAUUUGGUAUAAAAUCCCGAUUUUGCGUUGUUUUGAUUUAAUAUCCUUUGAAUUCCCGUAUAUGUCUGUUCAUGGAAUAUGGUUAUUUUGCAUCUGUUCUUAUUGAUAUUGAUUUCUCAAAGCACAUCCCUGAAAGAAUCUUGUUAAAAGCUAAUGGAAGAGAAUUCUGGCAAUAUAUGGAGAUACACAAACAUCCUAAAUUUUGUUCCAAGUGUAGCAUUAUUGGUCAUGGAGAUGAAGACCACAAAGUGAAUCAAUUUCAGGUGACUGCAGUUGAAAAAAUUCCUAGAACAAGGAACGAUAAUCCUCCAGGCAUGGAGUGGAAAAUUGCGAGUAACAAAGACAAGGGUAAGACAGCUCCAGUUAUUCCAGUUGUAGUUGAAUCUUCUAAGGUUACUGAUGUUGAUAAACAAGCUCCCGUGACUGUUGUUUUAGCAAAUCAAAACAUAGAUAAUACUACAGUUGUUACGGAUGUUAGUAAUAAUGUAGUUCAUGCAGAGACGUUUAAUACUAUGACUGGGAGCUCUCACGUAGCUGUUGCACCUUUUGUGACUCCUGAUUUGGAUAAGCAAGGAAAAGAUCAGCCAGUUCACGUUGAUACUGAGGAUCAAUUAGAGAUGGAACUGGCUAGGUCUGAGAUGAAUUUCUGUGAAGCACAGAUGAAGCUGAUUAAGUGCAAAACUGCUAUUGCAACUCGUGAAGAUAUUUCUUCUCGGACAACUAAUGAGAAAACAUCACGGGAUUACUACAAAGAUUUGGAAGAGCGUCAGAAAAUUGCAGGUAACAAUACUUCUAAUACUGACGUCCAUGAAGUUCAGUCAAAUCAGGGUAAUACCCAGCAAUUACAAGCUAAUAAUGAAUGGAAACAGGUUGGGAAAAAGAACAAGGGCUCGCCUUUUAAAUUUUCUCCAAUUUUGAAUGAUUUACUUUGUUCUGAGUUGGUUGUCAGCCAUAAUAAAUUUGAUGUUCUUACUAGCGAGCUAGGCCUUGAUACCGAGAAUAUUAAUUUGGGGAUUCGUUAA